ACAAGCAUCAACCAUCAACGCAGAAAAUUCCUCGUUGGUAGGGAUGUCGUGCAUUGUCCAAUUAGAAAAUCUGUGUGCAUUGCCCGUGCGUUUCGACUGCGUUUGCGAUCACGAACGAAAACAUGAAAUGGGGGAUGUGACUGUAAGGAGCACAAACGAAUACAAUUUGUAAGUUCUUUUAGAGUAAGAAAAGCUGUCUAUUUUUCAGCUGCAUCAUGGAUGCUACAGAAGAUGAUGUGAACGAUCAAACGGAGAAGACAGACGAGAAACCAGAUUUUGGUUCUCAUAUUUUGACAUGUGCAAAGAAGACUUUAGAAAGUGCAUUCCUGCUGCUGCGGAGGAAGAUCCCAUGCACAGGACACUUGAUGACUCCUCGAAGGUUGUGGAUGCAGACCGUCCCUACACAGGAAUGUGAUGUGGUGCUGAUGUUCCCACCGGGGGCCCAGGACAUCACUCUGAUGUGGCUCCUGUCUCGAUUGAGGGCAGGCACCCCAGGCCUGGUCGUUCACGUCCGGCACCAUGCUUCCUCCGACAGUUACGGCUUCUACCUCACAGCGCCUUUCAAUGUGCUGCUGAAGGCGGCAGAAGAGGUACACCUGCCGAAGUCGCUGUGCCGCGAUGUCGGCGGCGGCCUGAAGGAGUUUGUGCAGCAGGAGAAGAUGUACUUCGAGGGGAUAGAGAACGAGCGAGAGUUCUUCUCCACCCAGGAGCGACAGUUGCUGGUCCUCCACUUGCUGCAGACGCUUCGUGCUGGCCCUGAAGACCAGCUGGCCGGAGUGAAGCUCAUCGAAGGUCAAGCCAUUGUGCCCAAGUGCCUGGCGGCGGGCGUGGUGGCCCAGGUGUUCCCCCUCCACGACCGGCCAGCGCUGCAGCACCUGCAGAGGUCCUGGGUCAUGACCCUUGGCAGGAAGCAGCCUCUGGAUGAUGUCUGUGCAUACUUUGGGGUGAAGAUUGCCAUGUACUUCGCGUGGCUGGACCACUACACCAAGGCCCUGAUAGUUCCUGCUGUCGUAGGUGUGGUCUUUUGGGUCGGCCUGUGCGGUCGGGACCAGGCGGUGGAGGAUGUGGGCUUCGUGCUGUUCUCCUUCUUCAACGUGCUGUGGGCGAGCGUGUACGUGGAGGCGUGGAAGAGGCGCAGUGCGGAGCUGGCCUACCGCUGGGGCACCCUGGACCAGCGCGAUGAGCUGCUCGUCGAGCCCCGCCCUCUUUUCACGGGCACCCUGGAGGUGAGCCCUGUGACGGGGCGCCUGGAACACACCUACCCGGCCUGGAGGAGGAACCUGUUCCGCUACCUGGUCAGCGUGCCCGUGAUUGUCACCUGUCUGCUGGUGGUCUUCGCCGUCAUGAUCUCCAACCUCCAGCUGCAGGCCUGGUGGGACAAACAAAUUGCAGAAAGGGGCUAUCCUUUCUACCUUACGUACCUACCAAAAAUUCUUUUGGCAGUCGUCAUAACAAUACUUGAUGAAGCUUAUUACAAAGUUGCUUGUUGGCUCAACGACAAAGAAAACUACAGGCUUGACACCAAGUAUGAAAACCAUCUAAUCGUCAAAGUAGCAUUGUUUCAGUUUGUCAACUCGUUCCUCUCGCUGUUCUACAUUGCUUUUUACCUCCAGGACCAAGAAAAGCUUAAAGAGCAGUUGGCGGUGCUGCUGAUCGUGAGGCAGGUGAUAGGCAACCUGAAGGAGUCGGCGUUGCCGUACGUCGCGGAGCAGCUGCGUCUGGCCAAGCUCAGCUUCGACCUGUUCGGGGCCCUGAGCCCCUCGGAGGCCAAGAAGGAGCCGCCAGGGGCGGGGCCCGAGGCCGACCACUCGGCGGGGGAACCCAAGCCGGCAGGGAGCCGCAUCGUCAACCAGGCUGAGCUGGAGAGCUCCUUGUUCAAGUAUGAUGGGACGUUCGAGGACCACUUGGAGAUAUUCAUCCAAAUGGGUUACGUCGUGUUGUUCUCAUCCGCCUUCCCCAUGGCUGCCUUCUGCGCCCUCGUGAACAACCUGAUAGAGAUCCGCAGCGAUGCGUUCAAACUGUGCUUCAUUUUCCAGCGGCCGUUUGGUCAACGUGUUUCCAGCAUUGGCACUUGGCAGAAUGCGAUGGAAGUGAUGAACCUGAUUGCGGUGCUGGUAAACUGCGCCCUGAUUGGCCUGUCUGGGCAGGUGCACCGCAUGUUCCCGGAAAUGUCCACAACACAAACCAUUCUUCUCAUCGUGGCUUUAGAACACAUCAUGCUGAUCCUGCGCUUCGCCAUCUCGUGCGCCAUCCCGGACCUGCCCGAGUGGGUGGCCACUGAGAUGGCCAAGGUGGAGUUCUCCCGCCGGGAGGCUUGCCGCCGGCUGUCUUCCACCGCCACCUCCCCGCCCCCGGAGCCGGCUCCUUCCUCCGCGGGCGUCGUCAUCGGCAGGUUCGUGGUGUCCCCGGCACAAGAGGGGUCACCAGAGGCGCAAGAACAGCAGCAGGAGGCAGGCAUGGGGGUGGGGGAGGGCGGUGGCAGUGGCCAGCCGGAGGAGCCUGUACCAGAGCUGGUCCCGGCAGCACCCCUCCAGGAGCCGGCCUCCACACCCGAGGAGGUCAACACUCCGACUGCAAACGCAGCCAAGGCCGCAGCAGCAGCCAAGAAGUCCCGUGACUGGCUGGGCCCGGAAGGAGAGUCGCUGGGCUACCACCUUACCAUUGGCCCCCAUGGCGUGGACUGGGUCCGCCGGCUCGGCUUGGACGGUGCCCGCAAGACGAGCGAGCCCGAGAUGGGGGGCGCCGCCGGCCGCGAGGACCCGACCCUGAGGCGCAGCACCGACUGCAUCGUGGCCCCCAAGGACCUGGCCGCGUCCUCGGACUCGGACCUGCUGCGCUCCGCCCCGCCUUGGGGCUCCCUCUCGCACGCCAAGCCCAAGUUCCGGUUCUCGCCCGAGAAGGAGGGCUCACUCUCGGACAGUAGCCGCACCGUGUCCAGCCAGGAGGGGGACGAGGCGGCCGCCACCUCGAAGAGCGACGAGCUGGCCGCCAAGAAGACGCGCGUCAAGCAGAGCCUGAUGAAGCGUGCCCGCAGCGUGGCCAUCUUCUCGUUGAAGCUGAAGGAGAGGAGGGCUCGCGACGCGUUGGCUCGCGAGGCCGAGAACAAGGCCAAGGAGAAGUGGAUGCAGCCGGCGAACGUGGGUGGUGAGCUAUCGUGCAUCCCCAUCGAGAAGCUGAUUGCGGUGGAUGACGUCGCCCGGGGCCCCCCAGUGGGGCUGCAGCGCCGGAAACCCCCGCAGCACGGUGGUGCGAACUUGUAGCUCCCCUCGUCCCCCCCUCCGUCCCCUGUCGUAGUCGUUCUGCUAGUGCCGUAGCGUAGCGAGCCUAGGAUCACUGUCUGUGGGUGUUCAGUUGUCACGGGUGUGGAGGGGUAUGAGCUCUUGUUUGGAGAGUAUGUAAUAGUUCAAGCAGUGGUUGCUUGUUUAUAGCUAGGAGGCUCGCUGAUUGGCUGAGAAUAGGGCCAUCAGGAGCGUAUAGUGUAAUAGGCACAUACGUAGUGUUCUCGUUACAAUACUUUCUGAUGGCCGCCUCGUGCACUUGCAUAUUGGUCGGAUUAAACAUGAAGCCAACCACUGUUUAGAAAAUGUUUUGUAAAACAUUUUAAAUUAAUUUUUGGCAUUUUUAUUGCAUUGCUAUAUGGGUAAUGCCUAGUUAAAAGCUAUUUUAAUGAUAAUAAAAUAACAUUUAAGAAGUGGUUGUAUGUUUUUAUAAAAUAUUUUGUUGGUUUUUACACAGUUUAAGUGUACUGUAGUAGUACGUUUUAAAGCUUCAAGUUAAAUUUCUGGUGAUUUUUUUAUGGAACGAACACAACCAAGGAUUUUGCACACAUAAAUCUACUAUCUCUCUACACCUGCUGGUAGGUAAGGUAUCAAGAGGUAUAGGUAGGCUUGUUAGUACCCGACCAACUUAAAAUUUUUCACAAAAUGUACAAAUAAGAGCAAGUCCAGUUAUGUAUAGCAUCACUCAAUAUUAGCAUCUUUCUCUAGCUUUAUUGAAGGAGUUAGGGAAUGCUGAUGAAAGAAAAUACCCAAGUUAUUUUUAAUAGAGGUAUGGAUGUUGUGUCUCAGUUUUACCUUUUACAGUGACAGUUUUACCUAUUCUAAUUUUAUUUCCAAUGUAACAGAACAUUAUGUUACAUAUUUUUAAACUAACAAAUUUAAACAAUUCAUAGUGGUUUGGAAAAAUAUUAUUAUUGCUUAGAAUAUAUUUUGAAUUAUGUUUUAUAUUAUAUGUGGACAACGAAUAGCUUAUAGCUUUUAUUUCUACAAAAUGCAGAUAUGUUCUGUUACAUCUCCCCAAGAUAUUUUAUAAUGAAAUAUAAAGAUCUUAUUUCCUUGCUACAGUUAAUAUAAUCAAAAACAGUUUUUGUUGUAGUUAUAUGUGUGCACUUUAUCAAUGUUACUCGUAGGAAAUUUAUAACCCAUUUAUUAGCAUACAAUGUCUGCUGGUCAUCAUGAUCUUAAACAUGGUGCUUUCUUAUUCUGUCUCUAGUUAGAUGUUUGUUUUAUUAUCUGUUUUUUCAACCAAUUUCUUAAAUUAUUUUGUAAUCUCUUCCA